UGUGCAACAAAAUUUAGUGUGGCAACAACCAUAAAAAUAACUUAAGUUGUUGAUAUUACAAAUACAUUUAAAACGCUGACAGCCUUAAGUGGCAGCCCAAAGCGCUAGGAGCUGUCCCACCAAGCAGCUCAAGUGGCCAACCACACAGACAAACACACAUAAACCAGAGGGAAAGAACGGAAGUGUCGGCCCACAGCGUCCUUGACAAAGAGACGGACGCAGACACAAAUCAGUUCAAAGUGAAAAGCUAAGAAGAAGCAGCAGCUGAAGAUGAAUUGGACGCGCGUGUUGCUAAUCGCUGUGGCCGCUUUCGGUCUGUUGGCUGUGGAAGUUGCAUCACUCUCACUGGAUCCAGUCGCAUCCUCUGAGCUGGAGCAGUACAUACGCAAAGGCGAUGUUGUUAUAUCCACACGCCACAUCAGGCCUCGACGCAAGCUGCACAUAUCGAUUGAGGCGCUGUUCAUGAUUGACUUUCCCAUGCUGAAGCACAAGAUGUCCUUCUUUCUGGAUCGCAAGCAGCAGCGCGUUACGUUGGACAUCAGUGCCAAUGGAGCGACAGAGUCACGCAAUUUCGAGAUACCCAACAUCAAUGAGACGAGCACCAUCAGAUCGCUGGCACUGCAGUUCAACAAGAAUCGCAUUACAUUGUAUGUGGACUGCAAGGCGAGCACCCAUCACGAUUUGGAUAUGAGUUUGACUAAACUCUAUACGCAAAUGGAUGAUCCAGUGAUUAAGCUGUUCCGUGAGCGCAAGUAUCCAUUGCACUUUGAUGCGGACAUGGAGCACUCGCUGCAGCGCGCCAAUUGCCAGAAGGGUUCGCAUCGUCGUGGCAAUCGUCGCAUGUUGCGCAACAAGAUCACCGAACGUGAGAAGAACAAGAAACGCGAUGUGCGCAGCAAUUGGUAUCACGAGCCAACCUUGGCCCGCGACUCUGCUGUCGAUCAGCGCCAGCAGGAAAUACCUACAGACUCCGAGCGUGGCGAUAUUCCCAUUCUGCAUGGCGACUGCGAAGACGCCCUCGCACGCUCGCUGAGCGAUCUGCUGGCAUUGGUUAAGCUGCUGCGCGAAGACGUCGCCCACCAGCGUCAGGAGAUUGCCUACUUGCGCAUGCUGCUGGAGAACUGUGCGGGCUGCAAGGAGCCCAGCGGCGAUAAUCACAUACGCCUCGAGCCCAACUGCCGCAGCGCAAAUCCUUGUUAUCCUGGCGUUGAUUGCCAUGAGACUGCCUCGGGACCAAGGUGCGGCCGUUGUCCUGCCGGCUACAUAGGCGAUGGCAAGCUCUGCAAGCUCGGCGUCAGUUGCUACGAUCGCCCUUGCUUCACAGGCGUUCAGUGUCACGAUACUGUAAACGGUGCUCAGUGUGACUCCUGUCCAACUGGCUAUGAAGGUGAUGGACGCACAUGUUCGAUACGUAAUCCUUGCCUGGACACACCAUGCCCCUCAGGCAACGUUAUACUGCCCACGCAUAAUGUGCAACAAACCUAUUCGAGGCAGAGUCAAUUCACGGCACGCAAAUAUUCGGUCGUUACGAACUGA